AAUUGGAUCGCAAAUUAGAUGUAUCGGAGGGUGUCCCCAUAGGCCAUCAAAUUGGCUAUAUCGGAGAACAGCUGCCGGGGGUAGAUAGUGGGCCGCCAUAUUUAAUUGUACCCGUACCGGGUAGUGGUGUUGACACCGACCUAGCCAUUGAUCAUACCACCGGUGAAAUACGGACAAAAGUGCGUUUAGAUCGGGAGACACGAGCCUCUUACAGCCUCGUGGCCAUACCCCGAAGUGGUGAAAAUGUGCGCGUACAAAUACGAGUUCUCGAUGAAAAUGAUAAUGCCCCCACUUUUCCAACGUCGGUUAUGAAUAUUGAAUUUCCGGAAAAUACACCGCGUGACGUAAAGAGGACGUUAAAUCCGGCUCGCGAUAUGGAUCUCGGUCGUUAUAAUACUCAGCGCUACAAUAUCGUUUCGGGUAAUACGAACAAUGCAUUUCGUUUGUCGUCGCAUCGCGAACGUGAUGGUGUGCUCUAUUUGGAUUUACAGAUCAAUGGCUUUUUGGAUCGGGAAACUACACCCUUUUACAGUUUGGUAAUAGAGGCCUUGGAUGGUGGCACCCCACCCCUGAGGGGACAAAUGACCGUGAACAUUACCAUACAGGAUGUCAACGACAAUCAACCGAUUUUCAAUCAGAGUCGUUAUUUUGCCACCAUCCCCGAAAAUGCCACAGUGGGUACCAUGGUACUGCAGGUCUAUGCCACAGAUGCUGAUGCAGAGGAAAAUGGUUUGGCCGAAUACUCCAUAAAUCGUCGCCAGAGUGAUAAGGAGCAAAUGUUUCAAAUCGACCCGCAAACUGGUUGGAUAUCUGUGAAUAAGGCGCUGGAUUUUGAGACCAGGGAAUUACAUGAAUUGGUGGUGGUGGCCAAGGAUCAUGGAGAAACUCCACUGGAGACCACAACCUUUGUAUCGAUACGGGUCACCGAUGUCAACGACAAUCAGCCGACAAUAAAUGUGAUUUUCCUCAGUGAUGAUGCCACGCCGAAGAUAUCUGAAUCAGCUGAACCUGGUGACUUUGUGGCAAGGAUAUCUGUUCACGACCCCGACUCGAAAACCGAAUAUGCCAAUGUCAAUGUUACCCUCAACGGUGGUGAUGGUCAUUUUGGUUUAACCACUCGAGACAAUAUAAUUUAUCUCGUCAUUGUCAACAUGACAUUGGAUCGUGAAAUAACCCCAAACUACACCCUUUCCGUAGUGGCCACAGAUAAUGGUACCCCUCCCCUGCAUGCCUCGAAGACAAUUUAUUUACGUGUCACCGAUAUCAAUGAUAAUGCCCCGGAAUUUGAAAAAUCCAUUUAUCAAGCCAACGUUAUGGAAAUCUCAGAUCCUGGAACAUCGGUACUGCAGGUGUUUGCCUAUGAUCGGGAUGAGGGUAAUAACUCGGCGGUAACAUAUAGUCUUUUGGAUACACCUGACACCCAUUCGCAAUGGUUUCAAAUUGAUAAAUACACGGGAGUGAUUACCACACGUAGCCAUAUCGAUUGUGAAACGGAACCAGUACCUCAACUAACGGUGUUGGCUCAUGAUAAUGGCCAUCCACCAAUGUCAUCAACGGCUACGAUUUUAGUUACCAUCCAUGAUGUCAACGAUAAUGAACCGAUUUUCGAUAGGACUUAUUAUAAUGUCAGCGUUGCGGAAAAUGAGGCGAAAGGAUCAUGUAUUUUAAAG